UGUCUGAAGAAUAGAGUUCAGUGAUAGGUCUGUCUCUCGCUCUCUGUGCCUCUCUCUCCCUUCCUCUCGCUCUCUCUCUCUUGCUCUACCUCUCUCUCUCUCUUUCACUAGGUGAAGCCUUUGUGAAUUCUGUGUUCCUAGUGAAGUCCACAGCCUAGAGUCCUGCAUGUACUGUAUCUGAGUGUGUGUAAAAGAACAUCGGAACAUAACAGAACCAUGGUUCUCCACAAGCUCAUGGACUUUGGUAAGCAGCUGUUGCGGGUGAAGGUGGUGGACUGCAGCACUGACGACUCACGGCUGGCCCGCUGCCUCAACACCUUCGACCUGGUGGCGCUGGGCGUGGGCAGCACACUGGGCGCCGGCGUCUACGUGCUGGCCGGAGCAGUGGCGCGCGAGAACGCCGGCCCCGCCAUCGUCCUGUCCUUCCUCAUUGCCGCCCUGGCGUCCGUGCUGGCGGGGCUCUGCUACGCCGAGUUUGGGGCGCGCGUGCCCAAGACGGGCUCAGCCUACCUGUACAGCUAUGUCACCGUCGGCGAGCUCUGGGCCUUCAUCACUGGCUGGAACCUCAUCCUCUCCUACGUCAUCGGGACCUCCAGCGUCGCCAGAGCAUGGAGUGCUACGUUUGACGAGCUGGUUGGCAAACACAUUGAACACUUCUGCCGGCAGUAUAUGACCAUGAACGCCCCCGGAUUCCUGGCUGAGUAUCCGGACAUGUUUGCAGUGGUCAUCAUCCUCACUCUCACUGGCUUGCUAGCCUUUGGGGUGAAGGAGUCGGCCAUUGUGAACAAAGUGUUCACCUGCAUCAACGUACUGGUGUUGGUCUUUGUGGUCGUGUCAGGGCUCGUCAAGGGCACGAUAAAGAACUGGCAACUCGUCCCAGAGGAGAUACUCAACCGGACCGACUCCACUCAUAAUGGUACAGAUCCCGCCUUGGUGGAUGUCAACCUGGGCGUGGGUGGCUUCAUGCCCUAUGGCUUAAACGGUGUCCUCUCUGGCGCAGCGACCUGUUUCUACGCCUUUGUGGGGUUUGACUGCAUCGCCACCACAGGUGAAGAGGUGAAGAACCCCCAGAGGGCCAUCCCUAUCGGCAUCGUGUCCUCUCUCCUCAUCUGUUUCGUGGCCUACUUCGGCGUGUCGGCUGCCCUCACCAUGAUGAUGCCCUACUACAUGCUGGACAAGAACAGCCCGCUGCCUGUGGCCUUUACGUACGUGGGCUGGGAGGGGGCCACCUACGCCGUGGCUGUGGGUUCCCUCUGCGCCCUCUCCACCAGUUUGCUGGGUGCCAUGUUUCCAAUGCCCCGAAUCAUCUGGGCGAUGGCUGAGGAUGGUCUGCUCUUCAGAUACAUGGCUGAGAUCAAUCCCCGAACCAAAACCCCUUUACCUGCUACUCUGACCUCAGGCAUAGUGGCAGCGAUCAUGGCCUUCCUGUUUGACCUGAAGGAUCUGGUUGAUCUCAUGUCCAUUGGCACAUUGCUGGCCUACACACUAGUUGCCGCCUGUGUCCUGGUCCUCAGGUACCAGCCUGAGCAGCCGAGCCUGGCGUACCAGAUGGCCAGCACCCAGGAGGAGGUGGAGCUGACCGAGUCCAUGGGCGCCCCGAGCAUGGGCAUCCUUCCUGGCGUGGAGGAGCGCUUUACACUCAAAACCAUGCUCUUUCCGGAAAACACCGACCCCUCGCACAUCUCUGGCUUCUCCGUUAACGUCUGCACGAGUUUACUCGGAGUGUUGAUCCUGGUGUUCAGUAUCCUGGCAGUACAGGGCAGCGCGGCGGUGUGGGUCAUCGUGACCUUGAGCGUCAUUGUCAUUGUCUGCCUCGGCCUGGUGCUCAUCAUCUGGAGGCAGCCAGAGAGCCGGACCAAGCUCUCUUUUAAGGUGCCUCUGCUUCCCUUCAUCCCUGUAACCAGCAUGUUUGUCAAUGUGUACCUGAUGAUGCAGCUGGACAAAGGCACCUGGAUCCGCUUUGCUGUCUGGAUGGCUAUAGGUUUCGUUAUCUACUUUGGGUAUGGGAUGCGACACAGCGCUGAGGCAGCGCUCUCCCGACGCCCGAGUCCCGAGGAGCUCAGGGACUACAAGCCCACGUCCGCCAUCAACGGAGACUCCCGCGUGUCCCCUGAGAAAGAGGCCUUCAUCAUUAAUGGCCUGGGCGCUAGGGCCGAUGACGAGGGUGAACUCUUAGAGUCGUCAUAAAACAAAAACAACUUCCCUGUAAAUUUUAUACGAAAAUAAUGUAUAUUUGACGCAAUGGGAUGUCUAAACUUUAAGAUAUCCAGACACGUUUUUGAAAGAAAAAAAACUUUAAGCUUCAAGAAGAGCACACCUCACCCCAAAGGGAAAGCUUGUCAGGACUAGUCACUAUUGUACAACUGACUCUCUGUGUGAGAGAGGAAUAGCUCUUUGACGAGCAUUUUAGCAUUUGGCGGCUACUGAAUUGCCUGAAAAAAAUUGCUAAACAAAACCUUUCUGUAUGUUUUGAAAAUUUGAGUUAAUUUGGAGGAAGGGGCUUUGACUUCCGCCGAGACAGCACUCAGUUUGUCUGACAAGUGUUAUCAAAUGGAACAGAAGAUAAGUCGAUCAUGGUUGUUUGUACUAAAUUUGGAUUAAUUUGCAACACAACCUUUGAGGUUUCUCUGCUCUUAGUGUUACCUAUUAGCAUUUGGCUCUUUGUAAGGCUUGCCUUCAUCAGUCCCUGAUGGUGGUAUAUUUUUGUUGCCAUUUUUUAAAAUGAUGACCCAGUAGAGAGAUACUCAUCUGUCAUAGAAUAAAUGAUAGGGUUUGGAUAGGACAAACUCAUGUGGGCUUGUGAGUGUACACAGUAUCUUAAUGCUUAUCUCAGUGUUGGCUUUCAGCAGACAUUCAUGACAGUCAGUUUCAUGUUAUCAAUUCAACUCAGUGUGAGAUGCUAAGGGUUGGACUUGGUUGACUCAAGCAUUUCUUACUCAACACCCCCAACACAAGUUGUGUCUUUAUAUUUGUUAGUUUUAUAGAGUGGAAUUAAGCUGGUCUGAACAAUGGAGUGUAGAUUUAACCAUCACAGUGCUGGGUACUGUGUUUUUAAUAUAACCGACCUCAACCAUGCCCAAAGUGCCUUUUUGGUUGAAAAUUGUAUGUAGUUGUAUCUCAAUAGUGUACUUUUUCUAACAGAUGUUGCACAGGAGGUGUACAAAUGUACUCAUGAGUAAUUGUAGACAUGCUUAGAAGUGGUGAUAUUGUACAGAAAUGUAUAUCUCUGGGAAACAGACUGUAGAAGACCCUUCCAUGGUUUUUCCUGACAUGUUUUCCCCCUACCAGAAAAUACUAUCAAACAAGAUGAACCAGAGCAUCAAAAAAGAUGAAUCUUUGUCUUUCUGAAGUUCGUCUUCACAAGCAUGGGACUGGUUUAGGAUGUUUCAAAUAUAUGAAACAUACUGAUCAUUCCUGCCCACAUUUCCCCUAUCUACUGUAUAUCCUCAGGUACAUUACGCAGUAUCCGUCUGGCUCAAUUAAACUGACAAAGUAUUCUCUGGUCUGCAUGUAGCUCAGCAUUGUAAUGAGUAUUCACCUCAGACAUAAUUGUUAGUAUUGGUGUUGCCUUAUAGGAAAAAAAAUAAUGUUAACUUUCUAGAACAUCUACUGUGGCUAUGCAUAAAUAAGUAGUCUAUUUUAUUGUUAAUCAGACUUUUUUUUCUGUAUAUAAGAUGUUGUUCAUACUUGCUCUAUGAAUUGACUAAUUUGUAAAUGGCAAAUUCUGCUUUUUUUAAAUCUUAAAGAAUUAAAUAUAUGUCAUGAUGCCACUGUUGGCUAUAGUAAAUUGAGAAUAGAUGUUUUGUGGUUUGUGUAUAUCAGUUUCAGUGUCUAGUGUAUGUGCCUGUGUCUGUGUCUGCUUAUGUUGUGCCAUUUUGUAAAAAAGGAAAGAAAACAGUUGGUUAAA